AUGAAAGACGAAUUUAGUAAAAUAUCAUCUUCAUCAAAACAAAUGCUACAAAAUGUACCAGUAACAACGACAAAUAUUGAUGAUGAAAAAUUCGAAGAGGCUCCAACUUGGGUAGCUGUCAUUACUGUACUCAGUUUUGCUUUACAUACUGCACUUGGAUGGUUACGUGAUUUUCUUCGUUAUAUUGGUUUGGAAAAGAAGAAAAUUGUUAUAGAUCCUAAUCCAAAGGACUUUGCACCACUCUAUCUGAGUUACGAAUGUUUCUAUACACGUAAUCUUUAUCAACGGGUUCGGGAUGUAUUCAAUCAGCCUAUUGUAAGUAUGGCUGGACCGAUCGUCGAUGUAAUGGAGCGUGUUUCAGACGACUAUAAUUGGACAUUCAGAUUUACUGGCAGGAGUUUGCCAGCGAUCAAUUUGGGUUCAUAUAACUAUUUAGGUUUUGCUGAAAAUAGAGGUCCAUGCGCAGAACAAGCUAUAAGCGCCAUUGAAGCCUGUGGAAUAGCGACUUGCAGAACUCAACAGUAUAUGAGAACGCUUGAAUUCAUGAUGACAGAUUAUCUCGGAGUUGAAGAUUGUAUAGCUUUUGGUAUGGGCUUUGCUACUAAUGCGUUAAACAUUCCAGUAAUAAUGGGCAAAGGUGAUCUUAUACUGAGUGACAGACGUAAUCAUAUUUCAAUUAUUCUUGGUGCUCGACUAUCUGGCGCACGAAUUUGUACAUUCAAUCACAAUGACAUGAAAGACUUGGAACACCAUCUAUCUGAAGCCGUCGGAGAUGGCCAACCAAGAAAAUUUCGACCGUGGAAAAAAAUUCUAAUCAUUGUCGAAGGUGUUUACAGUAUGGAAGGUUCAUUGUGUAAAUUGCCGGAAAUAGUUGCUCUGAAGAAAAAGUACAAAGCCUAUUUGUAUGUUGAUGAGGCUCAUUCAAUUGGUGCAAUAGGUUCACGAGGUCGAGGUGUUGUUGACUAUUGGAAUGUUGAUCCGAACGAUAUAGAUAUACAUAUGGGUACAUUUACGAAAAGUUUUGGUUCUGUCGGAGGCUACAUUGCUGGGAAAAAGUCUUUGGUGGAUUAUAUUCGAGUUCAUUCUCAUUCUGCAUGCUACUCGUCUAGUAUGUCCGCACCUAUUGUUUAUCAAAUCAUCAGUGCACUAACAAUCGUCACAGGUCGAGAUGGAACCAAUGAUGGUCAAAAACGCAUUCGACAAUUAUCUCGUAAUGUUCAUUAUUUUCGUCGUCAACUUGUCGAUAUGGGCUUUAUUGUAUAUGGAAAUAAGGAUUCACCGGUGAUCCCAGUGAUGCUUUUCAUACCGGCUAAAAUUGCAGCCGUCAACCGAGAAAUGUUGAAGCGUGGCUGUGCUGUAGUAACUGUAGGCUUUCCAGCUACUAAGAUUACAGAAUCACGUGUACGGUUUUGCAUAUCUGCUAGUCAUACCAAAGAAAUGCUUGAUCACGCGUUAAGAGCGUUUGAUGAAGUGGGUUUUCUUACUGGACUUCAAUGUUCCAAACGAAAUCCACCACGUCGUUUAUAUGAACUCAAUCCUGACAAGUAUCUGGAAGAAGAAUAA